GCCACACCAAACAGCUGUUUGCUGCGUCCCCAUUUGCGUCGUUGUUGUAAUAGCUCCGAAUCUAGAAUCUAUCGAAACCACCGUCGAAUCCCCAGCUUCCACAGCGCGAUCCCAACAUGGAGUCCCCCACCUCAAACCAGGUGGCCAAGGACUUUCAGGUGACGGGCGUUUCGCGCAGCGGUCGCGUACGCAAAAAGUCCUCCAAACUGCUGGACUUCGAGUCGCCCGAGGAGAUCGAGAAGCGGACACGGCGCCAGAGCACCGGUCGGCAACCGUCCAGAUAUCCGGGUCGUGGUCGGCCAUCAAAUGCCAUGAGAGACCUCGAACCCAGCGAUCAGGAGAUGGGAAUUUUCGAAGAACCCAAUGUCUCAGAGUCGGAGGCUCCUCUCCUAACGACCGCAGCUAUUCUAAACUCCGAUGACGAGAUGGACAACCUGGUGCAGGACCUGGUCGACGGUGUGGAGGCGGAGGCCACUAACCAGGAGUCCCCGGUGCGCCAAAGUCUCUACAUGCGCGAAAAGGUGGCAAGCGCCAACAGACGACGUCCUGUGAAGGACGCAAGGUCGCCUGGCGGGAAAGAUAAGGAGAAGGUCAAGCAGCGCUACACCGCCUACAGCUUGUGGGCCAGGGAGGUGCGAAAAAAGGAUCUGCAGGACUUGGACUUCUCCAAUGUGGCCAGAAAGCUCGGUGAGAUGUGGGCAAACGUCUCCAACCGGGAGAAGAACGCCUGGAAGCGCAAGGCCAAAAUGCAGGCUACAAGGGCCAAGUCGCGGGAUCCAUCUAGCCCAACUAUCCCCACCCAGAUGGCAAGCAACGGCAGUCCUAACCCGACUGGCUCAGGAGUCCAACAGGAGUCGAGCUUCCAGAACAGAGCGACGACAAGCCGCACCAAGAAACUGGCCGCCGAUCGGCAGCAAUCGGCUGCUUCGGCCGCCGCUCUAGAAUCGAGUACCUCACAGGCCACAAGGCGCAUCAACACACGUAGUGGCAGGACAACUCAAGCAGUUAGCGAGACUGAGACGCUCAGCCAGAGCUCCCAUCAGCUGGAGACAUCAGCGGCGGCGGCGUCACCAACCAGCAUCGAGGUGAUCGAUGCGGCAGCACACCUGAAGCUCCUCGGGGAAAGUCUAACGGUGAUCGGGGAGCGUCUGAAGAAGCACAACGGUCAUGUGGCACUCUCCGGCAGCUUGUCCGUGCUCUUGGACAGCCUGCUCUGCUCGAUGGGGCCACUUCUCUGUAUGACCACCCAGAUACCUGGGCUGGAGAACAAGGCCCAGCUAAGCAGGAAUCUUGCCACCACACUGGAUAACAUUGCCUACGUGAUGCCGGGACUAUAAGGAUAAAGCAUAAAUAUAUUUAUUGAAUAGCAGGGCGGGAUCGGAUCUACCAGCUUUGCCAGGCAGCUGUGCUUCCGCGGUACGAAACGGUAUUUGUAAAAUAUGAAUUAGCGAAAGGAAUACCGAAACUGUGUCUCUCCUCCAUAAAGUAUCCAUAGGCUUAAUAUCAAACACUAUAUCUUAAAUAAGAAUGGAUAAAUAUCCUCUUCGAAACGA